AUGGCGAGGGGGGCGAGGUCGAGGAGGACGCCGGCGGGGGAGGAGGACGCGGAGAAGGAGUACGAGGUGGACGUGGAGCCCGACCGGUGGAAGUCGUCGUCGUCGCGGAACAGCCGGCUCGAGCUCAUGGGCCGCCUCCCCCCGCUCCGCCGCCUAAGCCGCAUCCCGGGAGCCGCAGACGCCGACGCCGGGGGCGGGUUCCUCCGCGGCCUCGUCAUCCACCCCGACAACAAGUUGUACCGGUCAUGGACUAGGUUCAUAGUGGGUUGGGCAGUGUACAGUUCCUUCCUUACACCCUUCGAAUUUGGAUUCUUCAGGGGACUCCCUAAGAAAUUGUUCUUCUUGGACAUAGUUGGUCAGGUUGCCUUCCUUGUUGAUAUUGUCCUGAAGUUUCUUGUGGCCUACCGUGACCCUGACACAUACCGCAUCGUAUACAAUCCAAACUCUAUAGCCCUCCGGUAUUGCAAAUCAAGCUUCAUUUUUGAUCUCCUUGGUUGCUUUCCAUGGGAUGCUAUCUACAAGGCUUCUGGCCAUAAAGAAGAACUGAGAUACCUACUAUGGAUUCGCUUAACACGAGUGCUGAGGGUCAGGGAAUUCUUCACAGAAUUGGAAAAGGACAUCCGUGUGAAUUACCUGUUCACAAGAAUAGUAAAACUCAUAGUUGUGGAGCUCUAUUGUACACACACAGCAGCUUGUAUCUUCUAUUACCUGGCAACAACACUUCCUGAAUCAAUGGAGGGAUAUACAUGGAUCGGGAGCUUGCAGCUAGGAGACUAUAGCUAUUCCCAUUUCAGGGAGAUUGAUCUUGCCACGCGUUAUGUUACAUCAAUGUACUUUGCCAUUGUCACCAUGGCAACUGUUGGCUACGGUGACAUUCAUGCUAUAAAUGUUAGGGAAAUGAUAUUUGUCAUGAUUUAUGUUUCCUUUGAUAUGGUUCUUGGUGCUUACCUUAUCGGUAACAUGACUGCAAUGAUUGUGAAAGGCUCGGCAACCGAGCGAUUCAGGGAUAAAAUGAAAGAAGUUAUCAGGUAUAUGAACAGAAAUAGACUUGGAAAGGACAUCAGAGAACAGAUCAAGGGGCAUUUGAGGUUGCAGUAUGAGAGCAGCUGCACUGAAGCCUCUGUACUUCGGGACAUUCCUGUUUCUAUUCGUGCAAAGAUUUCUCAAACACUGUACAUGCCAUACAUUGAAAGGACUCCAUUGUUCAAAGGAUGUUCGGAAGAAUUCCUUCAACAGAUUGUGAUUAGGCUGCAAGAAGAGUUCUUCUUACCAGAAGAAGUUAUUUUGGAGCAAGGGAGUGCGGUUGACCAGUUAUACUUUGUCUGUCAGGGUGCACUGGAAGGUGCUGCCGUUGGCGAAGAUGGUCAAGAGACUAUUCUUAUGUUGGAGCAAGGGAAUUCUUUUGGAGAAAUUGCUAUUCUCUGCAACAUUCCACAGCCCUACACUGUUCGUGUUUGCGAACUUUGCAGGCUCUUACGGUUGGAUAAAGAAUCCUUCGCGCACAUAUUGGAGAUUUAUUUCACUGAUGGAAGAAAACUUUUGAGCAAUCUUACCGAGAGCGAUGAAUACGGCAAACGGGUUAAACACAUAGAAUCAGAUAUCACUUUCCAUAUAGGAAAGCAAGAGGAAGAGCUUACCUUAAGAGUUAAUAACGCCGCUUUUUAUGGCGACCUUCAUCAGUUGACUGGCUUAAUCCGGGCUGGAGCCAAUCCAAAGAAUAGUGAUUAUGAUGGGCGGUCUCCUUUGCAUCUUGCAGCUUCCAGAGGGUAUGAAGAUAUUGUGCAGUUCCUUAUCCAUCAAGGGGCUGAUAUCAAUCUGACUGAUAAAUUUGGGAACACGCCCUUACUAGAGGCGGUGAGGCAGGGGCAUGAUAGAGUGGCCACAUUACUCUUCAGCAAAGGAGCCAAGCUGAACCUCGAGAAUGCCGGUAGCCAUCUCUGCACAGCAGUAUCGAAGGGAGACUCUGAUUUCAUUCGGGGGGCUCUAGCUUAUGGUGCUGACCCAAACUCGAAAGACUACGACCACCGCAAUCCUCUCCACAUAGCCGCUGCAGAGGGCUUGUAUAUUAUGGCGAAGUUGCUGGUAGAAGCUGGCGCAAGUGUGCUUGCAACAGACAGACGCGGUACUACUCCUCUGGAUGAAGGACACAAGUCCGGGAGUAAGCCACUUAUAAUGCUGCUUGAACAGGCGAAAGCCGACGAGCUCUCCAAGUUCCCCACACGAGGCGAAGAAGUGAGAGAUAAGAUGCAUACACGACGAUGCUCCGUGUUCCCUUACCAUCCAUGGGAUACUGAUGCCAAGCGAAAGGAGGGGGUGAUGUUGUGGAUUCCUCACACUAUCAAUGAACUCAUCGGGUCAGCCCAGGAGAAGCUGGGUUUGUCCAGCUCAUGCAUGCGCUUGCUCUGUCAGGAUGGCGCGACGGUCCAGGAUGUGGACAUGGUCAAUGACGGGCAGAAGCUCUAUCUGGUUGGAGACAAGGACAUGGGUGACAGCGAGUAG